AUGAAGCCUGAGGAAAGGAAAGAACGUGAAAACGAGAUUGAUAUGGCGUAUAAACAAAUGCUUGAUAAAAGUUCAUUAGCGCAAACAUUAAAACAAAUUUACAUCGAUUUGCAAAUGGCUGGUGAAGUGAAUAUAAUGCUAAAUAAUUGGGUACGAGUUUCAUGUUGUCUACCACAUCGCUCAGUGCCAAUUAAUUGUUCAUUGUCUCAAGAUAAAGUCUUUUAUAUACUAACUAAUGCUGAACGUUUUUUCAAACCUUAUUAUGGUUUAUUAUUAUUAUCUGAUCAGUCGUCUUUACAGUCAUCGUUACCCUUGGAUAGUUCAUCAACAUUAAACACUCUUUUGAAACAUUUACGCUCAUCGUAUACAAUGGCUCGGUUAUCAAUUGAAACAAGUAUUCCGUUAACACAGAUUUAUCGUCUAGCAGCCCAUUUAUUGUAUUGGGGACGUGUUAAAAUAAUAUUUCCAAUUGUUGACGAUAAUUAUUACGUAAUAGCACCCGAUGCUGAUUUAUCAAAAAAUAGUUCAUUAUCAAAAUUAUAUGCGCAAACUUUUCAACAUAGUACAGUUUGUUAUACAACAUUGCAAGAAGCAUUAGCUGAAUAUUCCGAUUCUAUUCCAUUUCAUCUGCAUGGUGUUCAGUGUGAAACGGAUCAUGAAUUACGAGAACGUCUUCGUUGUGUAGAAUGGUUGUUAAAACAUCGUCUGAUUGUUCAAUUACAUUACUAUUAUUACUUGCUUAUAAAAGAUGACCGUAAUGAACAUUUGGAUGAAUUUAAACGUUCAAGACAUCCGAAACCUCGUGUCACACACCGUUUAACAUCGGAAAUUCCUGUUUCAAGUUUGAGUCAUGGUUCACCAUUAUCAAGUUAUUCAACUAUUUCACUAUAUAAUGAUCAGAUGAUUGAUCAAAGUAAUAAUAGCAAUAGCAAUCUACAGGAUGAUGUGUUUCCAACGACCAUUCUUCCAUUACGUUAUUUAUUUCAAAUAGAACAGGCAUUACCAGACGAAACGAAUGAUUAUCGUCAACGAGUUGCAACAGCAAUUAAUAAUUCGAAUGAAAAUGAUGUGAAUCAAUUUCUUAAAAUAGCAAAAUAUUUGAAUGGUGAACAUCAUUUAGAAGAAAUUAUUUAUCUUGAAUCUUUAACUCGUACUCAGAUAUUGUCUACAAUUGAAAGUUUUCAACAUAUUGUGAUAAAAGCAUUGCAUGUUGAUCCAAAUCUUGUAUUGCAAAUAUGA